UGAAAAGGUAUGAGCAAAGUAUUGUCUUUUUAGUGCCAAAAAAAUGCCUUGGGUUCAAUCUCAAAUCAGGGAAAAAUAUGUUCUUUUGAAUCAUAUUCAUCUUCUUUCAUCUCCCCAGAAAGAAUCCUCUGCCCCAUCAUCAUCAUCUGGAAACAAAAUUAGUCCAGCUGUUCUUUUUAUCAUAGUAAUACUAGCUAUCAUUUUCUUUAUUUCUGGUGUUUUACAUUUGUUAGUUAGGUAUUUGAUGAAACAUAGGUGGUCCUCUUCUUCAUCUAAUAGAGACCCUGAAAUGUCUGAUUCUGGUGCUUAUCAAAGGCAGUUACAACAGCUUUUUCAUCUUCAUGACUCAGGUUUAGAUCAGGCUUUUAUUGAUGCUCUCCCUGUGUUUCUUUACAAAGAAAUUGUGGGUUUGAAGGAGCCUUUCGAUUGUGCUGUUUGUCUUUGUGAGUUUUCAGAACAAGAUGAAUUGAGGCUUCUCCCUUUAUGUAGUCAUGCCUUUCAUGUAACUUGUAUAGAUACAUGGUUGUUGUCAAAUUCAACUUGUCCACUUUGUAGAGGAAUCCUUUUCACACCUGGUUUCUGUGUUGAAAAUCCAAUCUUUUGCUUUGAUGAUUCAAUAAGAGAUGAAUGUGGUGGUGGUGGGGUUUCAGAACAUGGAAGUGUUGUUGUUGGUGUUUCUCCUGGUGUAAAACCACAUGAGGAUUUAGAUAGUACUAUUAGUUCAAGAAGGGUGUUUUCUGUGAGACUUGGCAAAUUCAAGAACACAAACAAUGGUCUUCUGGAAAAUGGGAAAAGGGAAAUGGGAGAGACUAGUAACAGUAAUUUGGACUCAAGGAGGUGUUUUUCAAUGGGGUCUUUCCAAUAUGUGGUGGAUGAUUCAGAAUUGCAAGUGGCAUUGUGUCCCGAUAGUGCUAAAAAUCAUGGUGUAGAUGGUGGUGGACAAUUGAUGAGGGGAAUUGUGAAAGGGAAAAGUGGACACAAUGGAAAUUCUGCAAAUGAUGGAGAUAAUUAUGGGAAAAGGAUUGGAAAUAAAGGGGAGAGUUUUUCUGUUUCCAAGAUUUGGCUGUGGUCUAAGAAGGAUAAAUUUCAUAAUUCUGUAGACAAUGUAAGUUUGCCAUGGACUGAUGAUCAUAGAGCUCAACCUGUUUGAAGAUAGUUAUACAAAUCUUUUGCUUUUUUUUUUUUUUGUCUUUCUUCAAUUGCCUUGUAGUUUGGUUAAUUAAAAUUUGAUUAUUCAGUUGCCAAA